UCCACUUCUCAGCAUUCCAUAAAACAAACUUCCCCUGUUUUCUUCUCUUUCAGCAAUUUCCUCUGUUUUCCAUAAUCAAAUGGGUGGUAACACAAAUUCACCUUGUGCUUCAUGCAAGUUACUUAGACGGCGUUGCACUAAGGAUUGUAUCUUUGCUCCUUAUUUCCCUUCACAUGAUCCUCACAAGUUUGCAAUUGUUCACAAGGUUUUUGGUGCCAGCAAUGUUAGCAAAAUGCUGCAGGAACUACCUUGUGACCAAAGAGAAGAUGCAGUAAGCAGUUUAGUGUAUGAAGCACAUGCAAGAAUGAGGGACCCAGUUUAUGGUUGUGUCGGUGCCAUAUCCUAUCUUCAAAACCAAGUUUCUGAGCUUCAAAUGCAGCUUGCAGUAGCUCAAGCAGAGAUGCUAUGCAUCCAGAUGGAACAUGAAUAUGAUUCUCUCUCAAGAGAGACUAUUUUUUGAUAUCACGUGGUUUCUUUUCUUCAAUGAAAAUUCAAAAUUGUUCACAUGCUUUUGUUUUCCAUAUUAAGGUCAACUCUGCCACGUGAUGUGAUUAAAUUAAUUAUUAAGAUGCUUCAACAUUAAUGUUUUCACAUUCCGAUUAAUUGGUUUUGUUACGAAUGAGUAAUCACAUUUUAUUAGUGUUCUUCUCUCCUUCAUCUCAACUCAAGUGCUAAGAAAAGAAAAAGAGAUCAUAACUCCUUACUUUGUAUGUAGAGGUUACUUAUGUUAUAUUAAUAGAAGAGUUUUU